GGGCCAGGCAAGGGGGGGCUGCCAGGCGAGGGGGGCUCUGCGUGCCCUCGGGCGCUGUCUAGACAGAGGGCAGAGGCGGAGAGGCGCCCCGGGGCCCGCUGACCCUGACACGUCCAGCUCUGGGUGUUUGACUGGUCGGGCAGGAUGCCAGGCCUGGGCCUGGGGGCCUGGAAGCAGGAAGGUGGCGUGUGCUGGCUCCAGCAGGGCCGAGAGGCCACCUGCAGCCUGGUGCUCAAGACUGACGUGAGCCAAGCGGAGUGUUGCGCCUCCAGCAACAUCGACACCGCCUGGUCCAACUUCACUCACCCGGGGAACAAGAUCAGCCUUCUGGGCUUCCUGGGCCUCGUCCACUGCCUCCCCUGCAAAGAUUCGUGCGAGGGCGUGGAGUGCGGCCCCGGCAAGGCGUGCCGCAUGCAGGGGGGCCGCCCGCGCUGCGAGUGCGCGCCCGACUGCGCGGGGCUCCCGGCGCGCCUGCAGGUCUGCGGCUCGGACGGCGCCACCUACCGCGACGAGUGCGAGCUGCGCGCCGCGCGCUGCCGCGGCCACCCGGACCUGCGCGUCAUGUACCCGGGCCGCUGCCGCAAGUCGUGCACCCACGUCCUGUGCCCGCGGCCGCAGUCGUGCGUGGUGGACCAGACCGGCAGCGCCCACUGCGUGGUGUGUCGCGCGGCGCCCUGUCCCGCGCCCUCCAGCCCCGGCCAGGAGCUCUGCGGCAACAACAACGUCACCUACAUGUCCUCGUGCCACCUCCGCCAGGCCACCUGCUUCCUGGGCCGCUCCAUCGGAGUGCGCCACCCGGGCAGCUGUGCAGGCGCCCCUGAGCCGUCGGAUGCAGAGGAUGCAGAGUCGGAGGAGGAGGAGAACUUCGUGUGAGCCUGUGGGGCCGGCUUGGGCCUGGCGUUCAAGGCCUCCCCGUUUUAUUUAUUGCCGCAGCCGAGUCUAAUUUAUGUCCCACAGACGCUCCCCAGAGCCUGGACCGGGACCAGCCAGGGGGGGUCCGGGAGCCCCCAGACAAUAUCCUGGAAGGAUUGGGGGAAGGAGGCCUGCGGGUGUGGCUGGGGGUGGGGUGCUGCCCAGGAGGACCCCCUGCAUCUGCCCUGGGGGGUAACUUAGUUAUCAUCACCGCAGAGAGGGUGGGGGUCCCCCGGCCAGCAGUGGCUGAAGCAGCCCUGCAACCCUCUAGGCCGCAGAUGGGGCGAGGAGGGGUCCGCAGCCCCGUGUAUGAGCCUCAGAACCCACCCAGGCCCCGGUCGACAAGGACUUCCCCGUGGCCUCAGUGUCCCAGGUGCGCCCAGCGUGUCCUUGGGGCCGGUUGAGGGGAGGGACACUCUCCGUGUCCCCUGACACGGCGUCCAGCCAGCAUCAGCCCGGAGCAGGGCAUUAUGUCCAGUGGUGCCCCAAGCAGUUAGGGCGGGACCCUGCGGGGCCACCAGCCCCUGCCCACCCCCUGGCUCAUGCAGGGUGUAUGCGCCCACCACCCCCCUGCCUCCUGGAGCCGCGUGUCCAGGCGCCAGCCCUCCUGCUUGCUGCCCGUCCACAGGUGAGGUCCAGACCAGAACCCUCAGUCCCACAAGACUCGCCAUGGCCGAGCCCCUAAGCUCAGCCCCCGCCUGGACCCUCCUCACCCACCUGCCAGCUCAGGAGGCUUGACACCAGGCGGGUGAUGGCCCUGGGCCUCGUGUGGGGUGUUGGCAGGUGUCACCUCCCCAUGUCUGCACGCACACCGAAGGCCCAGGCCACGCGUGGGGGCCCCACGGGCAGGAGCCCGGCUGCCCGAGUCCGGGUGAGCCGCGCAGGGGCCAGUGGUGCUCAUCUUAUCCUCGCCCCUCAGAAGUGCCUUACCUGUGACUCCCCGAAAAGUGCCCUUGAGUAAUUAAUGGGCUCCCCGGAGCCCCCGACAAGGCCCCCUCCCCACCCUGGGGUCCUGCCUCACCAAAGAAAUAAAGACUCCACUCUGGAGUGUCCGAGCCUG